AUGACCCCCUUUGGCGCCAGCUCUCACCCUGGUGUCCAAGUCCAAGCUCCUGGGUCUCAUCUAUUCGAAGCCACUAUCACUCAGUCUCCCAAGGCUGAUCCUGUCGUGCGUCGAAAACCUCUUCCCACAGCUUCUCCUGUGAUCCCUACGCAUCCUCGUGGAUCUGGGCCGUCGCCGUCCAGGUCUUCUUCCUCCUCUCUUUAUUCGAUCCGCUCCCUUUCACAGGCAGAUCCCGCUGCUCGUUUUUCUCCCCUCCAGUCUCCUGCCUCUAUCUACUCUCAUUCUCGGAGCAGCUCAGUUGCGAAUAGUAUCUCCUCGCUUGUAUCGAACGCAGGCGCGCCUUCUUCUGUGCGCGGGGACCCGUCGCUCUAUGCUCGCAGAACUAUAGAUAGGACUAACCCCGUGCGUUCGUCUCUCUUCUCCAGAUUCCCCCGGAGCAGUCCCCUCAAGACUCCUCUCCGUAUAGACACCUCCGCGUCCACUGUGAAUCUCGAUGGAGACGACGACAGUGAAGACAGCGACGACGAUAUAACCAACCUGUACAAAUCGCAGUUUACGAAUGGGACACCCAUACAUAGUCGUCUCGUCAGCGAACCUUUCAUUCCUGUUCUUCCGUCCCCUCCUCCGAACUAUAAACGUGCCACGACUAUGGGAUUACACCCACCAACAAACCGGCCCCCACCUCUACACAUCGAUUCCAAUGCCCGGAGCAUGACCCAUCCCAUGCACGAUCCCCGACACCCAAAGACACCGGGUAACAAAAUAAGCUCCUUCUUUGGCUGGAGGGCCUCAACCUCCCCCGGCGCCGAGUCCUCGAGCACAGAAAUAUCCGACGGCGGUCGAUCUCCGCUUCCUUCACCAAUGCCUCCAUCAAUACCUAGUACCUCCUUCUCCAUCACUCCUUCCACAUCAAUUCCGUUCGACCCUACUGCUAGGCCGAAUGGAGGUUAUCCCGUGCGCAAUGGCUCGCUCAGCAGCGCGGGUAUACUAGAGACCGCCCCCUCCGCCCUGGUGGCGGAGCUAGAGAAUGAGCUGCGGGAAAUCAGCUCGGAGCUGGCUGGGUCAAUUCGGAGGGAGAUGGAGCUGGAAGAUUUGGUCGAGAGGCUGCAGUCGGAGAUGCCAACAGAAGUGCCGAACCGGCGGACUAGUGAUUAUUUCUCGGAUUCGGGGAGUAGCUCUAUUCGGUACGCAUAUGAGUCGGGUGGUCGUAUUGAAGAUAUUGAAAAGUAUAAGCGCGCUGCUGAGCAGGAGCGCGCCCAGCUUCGGGUCGAUAUUGGCCAGAAACUUCAAGAAGAACGUACUCGUCGGACAGCAUCCGAAUCGCACGUCCAGAUUUUAGAAGCGCAGGUUGCUCAGCUCCGGCGCGAAAGGACUGAGAACUCCGACUUGGCCUCCAAAGCCCGUGAGCUUGAAAGCGCAUUGGAUAGCACCCGCCGCAAGCUCGCUGAAGAGCGCCAGAUCAAGGACAACUUCGAGGACCUCUUAACCGCAAUGCGUGUUGAAUUGGAGCAGCUCCGUACAGAGCGGGACAUACUCCGGGAAGGCCAACCCCAACCCCUCGGCGACCCAGCUGAAGUGCAGCGACUCAGAGAGGAAAUUGAAGCACUGAAGAUUGAGAAUGCAGCGCUAUCGCAACUCCAGGGCAACCGGUUCGCUUCCAUCGCAGAAGAAGACGUACCGACGAAGCGAAGCAGUGCGUUCGGUCUAUCCCGCUCAAACUCCCUAGCUCGCAUGCCCCCGAAAAGCUCAUCCCGCUCCGGCUCACUAUCACGCUCGAACUCGGUUUCCGGCAAGGACCGUGUGGCACCACCACAAGAAUCCCUGGCGGACCGGGUCGAAGGCGCCGAAGCCCAGCGUGAUGCCCUCCACGGCGCUCUCAAGCGUCUGUUAGAUCGCCAGGCAUACGAGGCCAAGCAAACGGAGAAGCGCAUUCGAGCGAUGGAGGUUGAACUUGCCCGCGCGCAGGAGGCUGGCUCUCCGCGCAAACUAGGCUAUGAACGUGAAGUGCACAAUCUCCGCGACGAGGUGAACCAGCUGCGCACGCGCGCAGAAGACGCCCUCGACCAAAAAUGGCAGUGCGAAAAGGGCCUCGCAGGUCUGAAAAUGGAUCUUGACCGUGCGGAGCAGGAGACUGCCUCCCUUCGGGUUCUUCUCCAGGAGCAUGAUAUUGCAGUCCCGGCUGAACUUCUCAACGACAGCGGUGAAGACUCUUUUGCGGAAGUGAUCGCCACCUCUUCGUCCCUCGAAUCAGCCUACCAGCAGCUGCAAGCAGACCGUGAAGAAGCCGAGGCGAGCGUCGCGCACUCGCCUAAUGUCGAUGAUGCAGAACUCAACGAGUCCUUCAGCCGCACCGACACACUAGCCCAGCAUGUGCGUCAACAGCUAGCAUCAAACACGGCUCUUCGUGCGCGCCUCGCUUCCGCUAUCAACAAGGGUGAGAAGGACCAGCAGCUCUCCGCCGAGCGGAUUAACGAGAUGCAAGCUCGCCUCAAGGAAAUGGAAGACGCCCUCCUUGCCGCACAGCAACACGCUGAUGACGAGAUCUCACGUCACGAAGAUGAAGUCCGCCAAUUGCAAGAGAGCCACAAUGCACAGCUCCUGCGAAUGAAGAACGGAUCGCGCAGUCCCGCGUCGUUGUCCCCUAUCAUUGGCACCGGCUCUCCCAACACGCCGUUUAUGGCGAAAUCGCCUCGCUUGGAUAAGACGACUAGCGGUGAUGGACUUGCUUUGACGCAGGUUGUCAAGUCCGAGGCGCUAGAUCAACGCGUCAAGGAGCUAGAGAAGCUGUUGCGCGAGGCGGAUCGCGAGAUGGGCGAGGUCGUCAGCAGGAUGAACCGGGCCCAGAUCGAUGUUGCCGAGUUGCAAGCCGCUCGCGACGAAGCUCUCCGCGACACCCGCCGUCUCCAGCAGGAAAUCCUCACCGAACGCAACGUGUUCAAGAACCUCCUUGGCCGGAACUAA